AUGUCCAGUGAAAAAUUAGAACAUCAAUUCGAUCCAAAUUGGGUCAUUGGUCAAGGUGCUACAAAUGAUGAUUGGAAAAACCAUAAAAAAAUUGAUAUUGAUAUUGAAAAUGCUGAAGAUUAUAGAGAAAAUUAUAGAUUAUUUAUAUCAGGUAUUGUUCCAAGACCAGUUGCAUUUAUUUCAACAAUUGAUGAUCAAGGGAAUCAAAAUUUAGCACCGGCUUUUAGUUUUUUCAAUAUUGUUAGUAGUAAUCCACCAGUUUUCACAAUUGGUAUAAGUAAAAAUGCUUCAAGAGAUGAUGGUACUAAGGAUACAUUAGAAAAUAUUUUACAAACUAAAGAAUUGACAAUCAAUAUCAUAAGUGAAUGGUUUAUUGAUGCUGCUAAUUAUACUUCAAUUCCUUCCAAAGCAGGUGUUGAUGAAUUUAAAUUAUCAAAUUUAACACCAUCACCUUCCAAAAAAGUUAAAGCUCCACAUGUUGCAGAAAGUGCUUUUUCCAUCGAAGCUAAAUUAUUAUCAACAAAUGAGUGGAAGUCUAAACAUAAUCCAGAACAAACUUCUGGUACUUUAGUCAUUGUGGAAGGUGUUCAUUCUUGGGUUAGAGAAGAUAUCCUAAAUAAAGAUCGUAAAACUAUUGAUAUUUCUAAAUUGAAACCAGUUGGAAGAUUAGGUGCUAUCAAUUACACAACUAUCCAGGACAAUGGGUAUCCAAUCACACGUCCUGAUCCUGGUUAUGCUUUCACAACAGAGAAAUAA